UGUGUGUGUGUGUGUGUGUGUGUGUGUGUGUGUGUGGUUUCUCUCUGUCCUGUAAGAAGGCAGCCUGCCGGCCUACUCCUGCUGUUGCUGCGGCUCUGACUUGCUUUUUGCUGCCUCUUUCCUCUCCUCUCUUCCUGCUUAGCUCCUUGCCUUCUGACACUACUCCCAGUAUGGAGACUAAUCACUCUGAACAGCUCUCAGCAGAAGAGUCAACUCCCCCAGGAGACAGUUCAUCACCACCCAAUCAAAAUGGCCUGGAGAAGCAACACAGUAAGGAUUCCUCAACCUCGCUCCAAGAACCAGAGCCGGCAACAAGUGUGUACCCUGUAAAGGGAGCUCGUGACAUCUCUGAAGAGUUGAGUCGACAACUGGAAGACAUCAUUAACAUGUAUGGGUCUGCUGCCAGUACAGUAGGAAAAGAGGGUCCUCCCAAGAAGCAGGAGCAGCCUGAAAACGCAGAGGCACCUGACAAUGAGGAUGGUGACUGUGAAGAAACCACAGAAGAGGCUGAAAGAGAACCCCUUACUUCUGGAGAACCAUCCACAGUCAAAGAACCUGUUGGCAAUAAAGAGCAAAAAUUGGAAAAGAAAAUCCUAAAAGGAUUAGGCAAAGAAGCCAACUUGCUAAUGCAAACUCUGAACAAGCUGCAGACACCUGAAGAAAAGUUUGAUUUUUUACUCAAGAAGUAUGCUGAAUUGCUGGAUGAACAUCGCACUGAGCAAAAGAAGUUAAAAGUCCUACAAAAGAAACAGAUGCAAAUCCAGAAAGAAAAGGACCAAUUACAAAGUGAACACAGCAGAGCUAUCCUUGCUCGGAGCAAACUGGAGAGUCUGUGCCGGGAGCUGCAGAGACACAAUAAGACACUGAAGGAGGAAACUCUCCAGCGGGCACGUGAGGAAGAAGAGAAAAGGAAGGAGAUCACAAGUCAUUUCCAAACUACCCUGACAGAUAUCCAGGCACAGAUAGAGCAACAGAGUGAGCGAAAUAUGAAGCUCUGUCAGGAAAACACAGAGCUUGCAGAAAAACUGAAAAGCAUCAUUGAUCAGUAUGAGCUCAGAGAGGAGCAUCUGGACAAAAUAUUUAAACACAGAGAACUGCAGCAGAAGCUGGUGGAUGCAAAACUUGAGCAGGCACAAGAAAUGAUGAAGGAAGCAGAGGAGCAACACAAACGAGAAAAGGAAUAUUUACUGAACCAGGCAGCAGAGUGGAAACUUCAGGCCAAAGUGCUGAAGGAACAAGAGACAGUGCUACAGGCUCAGCUUACUCUCUAUUCGGGAAGGUUUGAAGAGUUCCAGAACACACUUACAAAAAGCAAUGAAGUGUUUGCCACUUUCAAGCAGGAAAUGGAUAAAACAACAAAGAAAAUGAAGAAACUGGAAAAGGACACAGCCACAUGGAAAGCCCGAUUUGAGAACUGUAACAAAGCCCUACUGGACAUGAUUGAAGAGAAAGCACUGAGAGCUAAAGAAUAUGAGUGUUUUGUGAUGAAAAUCGGGCGGCUGGAGAACCUCUGUCGCGCUUUACAAGAAGAGAGAAACGAACUUUACAAAAAAAUCAGAGAAGCAAAAGUGUCUGAAAAGGAGGACCAAAGUCAGCAUAGUUCCGAUGAAGAGCCAGAGGCAAAUGUCUCUGUGGAUAAAGAGAUGGAUGCAGAGGAGGCCAACACUGUUCAAAACGCCGUGGCAAAGCUGGCCGCAGCCUUCCAGGUCAUUCAUCAUCCGGAGCGCAGCCUAGAGCAGUCGGACACACUGCUCCCCGCACUGGGCGGUCCCCGGGGCAGCGGUGGCUCCGCCCUCAGGGAGCAGGAGGGGCCCCCUCUACUCCCUCCUGGGGGUUCAGCUGACCCGCGGCCUCCCCCAGUCCCUCAGGCUGAGGCCCAAGGGGACCAGGAGGCAAAGCCUACCCCGGAAGCCCCUGAGGCCCAGGCGGGAGCAGAGCCCGGAAGCCAAGGUCUCCCGGAGAAAUAUCAGGCUGCUGAGCUGCCCUGGAAGUCAGAGGCCGGAGUUUCCGGUCAGGCCUCACAGGCCGCAGUCGGGGCCUCUCCGCCCAGGGUGGAGGCAGAAGAUUCCGCUCCGCCACCUCCAGCAAGUGAGCAAGUUCCAGCAGGGCCACCUGGAUGUGAGCCCAGCGAGCAGCCCCUGCCUGCAGCCUCAGAGGAGCUGUCCCCAGGGGCCCAGGCCGGACUCCCGCUGCCCACCGUGACCGACGCCAACCUGGAACGGGUAGACUAAGCCUCGUCUGCCCCCGGAGGCCGUUCUCCCCGACCUUGCCUCUUCACCAUAGCCCACUGUCUCUGAAGGAGGCGUUGAGGGUUAGAGAUGGCAAACGGAACAGCCAAGAUCAAGACGUGUUUUUUAAUAUCAUGCAGAACACAUUCAGCCUUUGCUAUUUGUUCUCAAUUUAUUACUGAUGUGGAGCGCUUCUAUUUAAUAUUGAGUCAUAAUUUUCCCAAAUGGCAACAAAACAUGCCAAUUGUAAAUUUAUAUUAUUUUCCUAUUAAGAUGGUACUUAAUUCAGUUUCUUAAUCAACAGCAAGGUUUGGUGUUUAAAGACUCCCACUACGAAAUCUAAAUAUUGACAAUGUGAGGUUAUAUUUAUUUCUACGUAUAGUUCAAGUUCCUUAGUAAUUAGUAGAUAUCCAGGUUCCAUUUAAACUGUGUAUAUAAAGUAUACAUAUAUUCAUAUGUAAAUGUGUGAAUAUAUACAUAUGUGUACACAUAUACACAUAUUUUAUAUAAAUGUAUAUAUUACACAUGUAUUUCACCCCUUAUGGACUGCCCCCUAUGCGAAAUAUGCAGACGCUAAUCAAAAAAUUCUCCUCCUUGCACUUGGGACUACAGUAGACUAAUGCUGUAUGAAUCAGAAGUAGAUUGAGAACAUAGGUAUUUAGGUCAUUAUUACUGUUGGUCAAAAAUAACUAACCCUAUGUUAGAUCUAUAAGUUCAACCAACUGAUCAAAUGACAUAGCAGUUGUGCAGAGUGCAUUGACUCAAAGAUGAUCAUAAGAGACCCCAAACAACAAAAAGAAUCCCAACUGUAGAUGGCUUAUCUCUUCCAGCUGCGUCUCCUAGAAUCCUCCGCCGGCUGCCUCCCCCUCCCCCAACACAUACACCUGGUGGAGAGGGAACCCACUCCUGGCUACCCGCAAUAAAGGGUUGGAAGUGGGAAAAGGAGCUAGGAAAGGAGGUAUCUCAGACUGAGGAGAGACUGUGCCUAGUCCUUUUCCCCACUGAUGUCUCAAGACAGAAUAUUCACCCCUUGGCAGUCUCUGAUCCAGUGUGUAUUCUCAAACCAUCUGUUCUUUCCUUCUAUUUCCCUUCAUUGUAGCAGAAAAUUACACCUAGCCCUUAUCUCAAUCAAUGCUAAAUGAAACUAUUAUUUUUGUAAGACAGAAAUCCACACAGGGUCUCAAUAUGAAUGAUGCAACUUAAAAGUCAAUGCAUUUUCUGCUUUGAGGGGUUUUCAGUAACAAUGAAUUAGGAAUGAAGAAAGGGAGGGAGGAAGAAGGAAGAGAAGGAAAGAGGGAGUCCACAGGGAGGAAAGAGUUAAACUCAAGUGGAAAAAUGGAUAAAAGCAAGAUUCCCUACUACUCAUCCAGGAACUCAUUCUUCACUGUCACAUAUGGCUGUUUGCCAAGGCACACAAAGAGCUUGUGAGCAGCAGCCAUAUGUUACAAGAAUUGUAAACUGCAUAAAAAUUUGUUUGAAGUAGACAGUGAGGGUAAUAACAGAAAUGCUAGUCAGGGAGAGAAAAAUCAGGAGAAAAGCAUGUUGCUAUUUGAGAAUCCAUGUGCUUUUAAAGGCUUAAAAUAUUAUAACCACAGGGGUAUCCAGCCAAAUUCAACAUUACUGGAAAUUAAACAUACAUUUAAUUCAGAACCAAAUAUUCACCAUAACAAUUCAGGAGGGUCUCCUCCCCCUCUAUUUACAGAGGCUGAACUUCCAAGAAUGGAAUAAGAUUAGAUAGUCAUAGAAAAAUCUCAAUUUGAAUGUUUAGUAAAAGAAACAGGCAGAUGUGCCAAAAUCCAGCAAGUCAAAUAUUCUAACACCCAAAGUUCAUUAUUUUCAUCUAAAAGGUUUUCAUAGCAACACAUUACUCACUAUUGUGUGUAUGUUGAGCAGAGUUUCACAUAUAACUUGCCUAAAAUAUGUAAUGCUUAAUAUAGGCUUUGGGAGAAUUAUUUUAACAUUCAAAGAAUGUCUUAUUAUAGACCUUUGUGUUAGAAUUUGGCUUUACUAAUUAUAACAAUAAUUCAUAAUACAUGAAAGCAGAAGAAAUUCCUAUCUUUAUUAACUUAAUGUAACUAUUUUUAGAGAUACAAGUCUACUUUCUAGGAACAUAAGAGUUAUUGGUGUUUUCUAAAUUAAUUUGCAUAAUUUAUGUAUCUAUUAAAAAGGUACUUCUC